UCUACGUCCCGCCCUUCCCUCUUUACCUCCGGGCCGGCUUGGCUGGUGGUGAGAUACUCGGUCCGCAGCUGUGGAAGUGGCGACUGCAAGCGCAAUCACGUCCACGACAGCGACCAUGGCAGAGUAUCAAGCCCAGAAUAAAGCCAAGCUCAUCUCUGACACGCGACGGAGGUUCGAAGCUGAAUAUGUGACAGAGAAGUCAGAUAAAUACGAUCCACGUGAUGUUGAAAGACUACAACAAGAUGAUAACUGGGUUGAAAGUUACUUACUUUGGAGGCAUAAUGUUGUAGAUGAAACACUGAAGAUGCUUGAUGAGAGUUUUCAGUGGAGGAAGGAAAUGUCUGUCAACGACCUGACCGAAGCCUCCAUUCCCAGGUGGUUAUUGGAAAUUGGUGGCAUUUAUCUCCACGGUUAUGACAAAGAAGGGAACAAGUUGUUCUGGAUCAGGGUGAAGUAUCAUAUAAAAGACCAUAAGACCAUACUGGACAAAAAGAAGCUUAUUGCAUUCUGGUUGGAACGUUAUGCUAAGAGAGAAAAUGGGAAACCUGUAACAGUGAUGUUUGACCUAUCAGAGACUGGAAUAAAUAGCAUAGACAUGGACUUUGUACGCUUUAUCAUCAACUGCUUUAAGGUUUAUUACCCUAAAUACCUCUCAAAAAUGGUGAUCUUUGAUAUGCCUUGGAUAAUGAAUGCUGCUUUCAAAAUUGUGAAAUCCUGGCUUGGUCCAGAAGCAGUGAGUCUGUUGAAGUUUACAAGCAAAAGUGACAUCCAGGACUAUGUCAGUGUCGAAUACCUGCCUCCCCACAUGGGCGGAACUGAUCCUUUCAAGUAUAGCUAUCCACCGCUAGUAGAUGAUGACUUCCAGACACCGUUGUGUGAGAACGGACCCAUUGCCAGUGAGGAUGAAGCUUCUAGUAAAGAAGAUAUAGAAAGUGAUGGCAAAGAAACCUUGGAAACGAUUUCUAAUGAAGAACAAACAGCUCUUCUUAAAAAGAUUAACACAACUGAACCUACUUCCAAAGCAGAAGAGAAUGAAAAAGUUGAUUCCAAAAUGAAAGCUUUCAAGAAACCACUGAGUGUGUUUAAAGGGCCCUUAUUACACAUCAGCCCAGCAGAAGAACUGUAUUUUGGAAGUGCAGAAUCUGGAGAGAAGAAAGCUUUAAUAGUGUUGACAAAUGUAACUAAAAACAUAGUGGCAUUUAAGGUGAGAACAACUGCUCCAGAAAAAUACAGAGUCAAGCCAAGCAACAGCAGUUGUGACCCUGGUGCAUCAAUUGACAUAGUCGUGUCUCCCCACGGUGGUUUAACAGUCUCGGCCCAAGACCGUUUUCUGAUAAUGGCUGCAGAAAUGGAACAGUCAUCUGGCACGGGUCCAGCAGAACUGACUCAGUUCUGGAAAGAAGUUCCCAGAAACAAAGUGAUGGAGCACAGGUUAAGAUGCCAUAUUGUUGAGAGCAGUAAGCCAACCACUCUUACAUUAAAAGACCAUGCUUUUAACAUGUCAGAUAAAACCAGUGAAGAUCUGUAUCUGCAACUCAAUCGUUUACUAGAAAGCAAUAGGAAGCUUGAAGACCAAGUUCAGCGCUGUAUCUGGUUCCAGCAGCUGCUGCUCUCCUUAACCGUGCUCUCGCUUGCUUUAGUCAUCUCUUUCUUCUAUCUGUUGUACAGUUAAAGAAGUGGUGCUCCGUAGCAAAUCUGGCUCUUCCGUUCAUUAGCUGGAAAAAGUAAGACCCGGAGCUUCUCCACCACGCUGACAGUGUCGCACAUCUGUGCUUCCGCCGAGGAAAUGUAUGACAUUUAGGAGGGGAACUGGAACGUCUUGAAAAUAAACUGUUAGAAUAAGGAAACACUGAAGAAGUUGAUUAUAAGAGACUAUAGGUAGUUAGGAAAGUAAGUAAAGGCAUUAUCUGUCGUGUGAAUUAAUAGUUGAGAUAUAUUUAUUUUUCCCUUUUGAUCUGGAUACUUUGAAAGCUUGUUUUAUCGUGUAUAUAUAUGUCAGCUGAACGGAAAAGUCAAAGUAAUGUGCUUUGUUGCAGCCAAAAAAUGUAAUCUGCUUUUUUUUUUGGACAGAAUUAUGAUAGCUGAGCCAACUUAUUUAGCUUUUCUAUACUAUGUAUAUAGAAGAACACAUAUAUUGCAAACCCAUACAGAGUAAUUUCUGUCACCAUGACUCUGUAACUUGGAGAACUACUAACAGAUGCUCGUCCAUGCCCUUUUGGAAUGUACAACUACUUGAUGCCAAACCACAGUUAGCCUUUGUUUCUUAUCCGUCUUCCCUAACGGCCUACCUGCCUGCCUUUUAUUAAUCAUGGACUUUUUAAUGAACACUCACACUCUCAUUUAGGGAGAAUUUGGGAAACUAAGUCUGGUUGGAUUUUCUCUGAAUUCUGUUAGGAACGUCCAGAAGGAAGACCUCUCCAGUCCCACAGUCUUUUGUGUGCAGGUUCACGUUACUCUCUAUAGCUGGACACGGACCCUUCUGCUUCAUUUAUUAUAAAUAUAAAGGCUUGAUUCUCCAGUGUACCAUCUUCACCCUCUCUUCGCAAUGAAAGGAGUUAGAGAAAAUGUUCUGAAAAGUUAAUCUUUGAGAUGCAUAGCAAUAUAAUUCAUUUCCAUUUCACGUCCUUAAAAUCAGCCAUGAGAAGGGAACUUGACAAAAGACUGGAGUAUCUCUAAGGAUGAAAAAAAAACAUCGAAACUCGAGUGUCAGUUCUCCGUUUAAGAGUGAAAAACAGAACUCAGUGCCCAACUGUAGAGCCGUCAGAGCAGGGCUGACUGAUUCACUUGACGCCCUGCCUCCGCCACAGUCACGCUGAGGAUGGUUCCUAAACCCCUAAAAUGACACACGCUGCCAGAGCAGAGGCUUACGGAUGUAGUUGGUUUUCUCUUUAAUAUACCCACUUUCAGUCCGUGUUGGUUCACAUGUAAAUCGACUUUAUAUGAAAGAAAAAAAAAACAUAGUCUGCCUGUUAAAAUAAAUUUUGAGUUGUGACUGAGCCAC